AUGUCGUCCAAAAAGUCUGAAUCACCUGUCAAGAAGGAGUCUGGCAGCAGUUCGGACGAGCUGACGGCUGUGGUCGAGGAGCUGCUCAAUUCCCUAUCGAACAAGUUCGCAGGCGUGUCGAGCGAGAUUUUCGCAAAGAUGGACGAGAUGUCGCGACGUUUGGACAACCUCGAAGCCGCGCUCCAGGCCAACCAAGGGAGCAGCAGUGACGCGUCAACGAAAUCUUUGCAGUGA